CCCCGGAACCGGCGGCGGUGAGUGAGGAGGAGCGGCCGGGGCUGAGGGCAACGGAGCGGGCUUGUGAGGGUGUGGCAGGGAUGGAUUGCCAGGACAUCAAGGAGCUGCAGCAGGAGGUGAUGGAGGAGCUGGGAAUCUCCAUGGAGGAGCUGCGGGAAAUCAUCGACAAAGAAGUGGAGAAUUCCGAGUGGGUGAGGCAGAGGAAGCAGCAGCUGGAGGAGCUGGAGCAGUGCAUGAGGCACAAGGAGGAGGAGGUGGCACACGUUGACCAGCUCAUUGAUGAUGCUGUGAGGGCCAUGGACAAGUGCGAGGUGCUGGCCAAGGAGCUGUACUCCAUGAUGGGCCUGCAGUACCGGGACAGCAGCUCGGAGGACGAGGCUCCGGCGGCCACCGAAGUGAUCGAGAUCCCCGACGAGGAGGAUGAUGAUGAUGUCAUGAGCGUGGACCCGAGCUGGAAACGCAGCAGCAGCUGUCCCAGAAUCUCCAGGGAUCAGAGUCUGCUGAGGGAAGCAAUGGCUGCCAUGAGGAAAUCUGCCCGGGAUGUUGCAAAAUUCAUGGAUGCUGUAAACAAGAAAACCAACUUGCAGGAAGCACAGAAAGAUGCACAACCCCCUCAGGAACCUCCUGGCACUGCCCAGCCCGUUCCUGUCCCUGCAGCCCCUAGCAAUGAUCUCAACACUGAUGGGGACCUCAAAGUGGGCAUGAGGAUUUUGGGGAAAAAAAGAACCAAGACGUGGCACAAGGGGACGUUGAUUGCCAUCCAGACGGUUGGUGCUGGCAAGAAAUACAAAGUGAAAUUUGAUAACAAAGGAAAGAGUUUGCUCUCGGGCAACCACAUUGCCUACGAUUACCACCCCUCUGCUGAGAGGCACCACGUGGGCAGGAGGGUGGUGGCCAGGUACAAGGAUGGCAAUCAGAUGUGGCUCUAUGCUGGGAUCGUGGCUGAAACCCCCAAUGUCAAGAAUAAAGACAGGUUCCUGAUUUUCUUCGACGAUGGUUACGCGUCCUACGUGAAGGAGUGGGAGCUGUACCCGGUGUGCCGGCCCCUGAAAAAAGCCUGGGAAGACAUUGAGGAUGUUUCCUGUCGGGAUUUCAUUGAGGAAUACAUCACAGCCUACCCCAACCGACCCAUGGUGCUGCUGAAGAAUGGGCAGCUGAUCAAAACCGAGUGGGAAGGCACCUGGUGGAAAUCCAGAGUGGAAGAAGUGGAUGGAAGUCUAGUGAAAAUCCUUUUCCUGGAAGCUCUUCCCAUGGGAACUUCAAGUGUUUCCUUCUCUUUCCCACAAGAGGACAGACGCUGUGAGUGGAUUUACCGAGGUUCCACACGCCUCGAGCCCAUGUUCAGCAUGAAAACUUCCACAGCUUCCACCCAGGAAAAGAAGCAGAGUGGGCAAACCAGGACUCGUCCCAACGUUGGUGCUGUGAGGAGCAAGGGCCCUGUGGUGCAGUACACCCAGGAUUUAGCAGGAGCUGGUCCCCAGUACAAGACUCCAGAGCCAGCUGCACGUCCCACGUCUCCUCAGCCUGCAGAGAUGGAGUGCUCCGACACCCAGCUGGCGCAGGGCAGGAAGCAGGUGGCCAAGAAAAGCACCUCCUUCCGCCCUGGCUCCGUGGGCUCCGGCCACUCGUCCCCAUCCUCGCCUGUCCUCGGGGACACCCCGGCAGCCGGGAGGGCCCUCCCGGCCCCGCAGCACCGCGUCCCCAGCAGCGCUGUCCCCAGCAGCGCCCCGUCCCAGCCCUUCCACGGCAUGCUGGACCGCGUUCCCACCGAGCCGUCCUACCGAGCCCCUCUGGAGAAGCUCUUCUACCUCCCCCACGUGUGCAGCUACGCCUGCCUGGCGCGGGUGCGGCCGGUGCGCGGCGAUCAGUACCGCAGCCGCAACCCGCUGCUCAUCCCGCUGCUCUACGACUUCCGCCGCAUGACGGCGCGGCGCCGCGUCAACCGCAAGAUGGGCUUCCACGUGCUCUACAAGACGCCCUGCGGGCUCUGCCUGCGCUCCAUGCACGAGAUCGAGCGCUACCUCUUCGAGACGGACUGCGACUUCUUGUUCCUGGAGAUGUUCUGCCUGGAUCCCUACGUGCUGGUGGAUCGCAAGUUCCAGCCCUACAAGCCGUACUACUACAUCGCCGAUAUCACCAAGGGCAAGGAGGACGUGCCCCUGUCGUGCGUCAACGAGAUCGACAACACGCCGCCGCCGCAGGUGGCUUACAGCAAGGAGAGGAUCCCUGGGAAAGGGGUGUACAUCAACACCAGCUGGGAGUUCCUCGUGGGCUGUGACUGCAAGGAUGGCUGCAGGGACAAAUCCAGGUGUGCCUGUCACCAGCUGACCAUCCAGGCCAGUGGCUGCACCCCCGGAGGGCAAAUCAACCCCAACUCAGGCUACCAGCACAAGCGGCUGGAGGAAUGUCUUCCAACAGGUGUUUAUGAGUGCAACAAGAGGUGCAAGUGCAACGUGAACAUGUGCACCAACCGCCUGGUCCAGCACGGCCUCCAGGUGCGGCUGCAGCUCUUCAAGACCCAGAACAAAGGUUGGGGCAUUCGCUGCCUCGACGACAUCGCCAAGGGCUCCUUUGUCUGCAUCUACGCAGGGAAAAUCCUGACAGAUGACUUUGCUGACAAAGAGGGGCUGGAGAUGGGUGACGAGUACUUUGCCAACCUGGACCACAUCGAGAGCGUGGAGAACUUCAAGGACGGCUACGAGAGCGACGCCAAGUGCUCCUCGGACAACAGCGGCGUGGACCUCAAGGACGACGACGACGACGAGGAGAACACGGGCACGGAGGAGCUGGAGGAGUCCAACGAGGACAGCUCCGAUGACAAUUUCUGCAAGGACGAGAGCUUCAGCACCAGCUCGGUGCUGCGCAGCUACGCCACGCGGCGGCAGACGCGCGGCCAGCGCGACCACGGCGCCUCGGAGACGGCCUCCAAGGACUCGGGGCUCACCCGGGCCCUCAGCCAUGAGGAAACCUCCACAGCCCCCCUGUGCAAGCUGCCCGUGUCUGAGGAGAUGUCCCAGAGCAAAGUGGCCUCGUGGUUGAGCUCCAACAGCGCGGCUGAGAGCCUGCAGGACAGCGAUGGCGCCUCGUCCUUCAGGGGGGGUGAAGGGGGAGAAGCCAAGGCUGUGAAGAUGGAGAUGCCUGCAGAGAGGGAGAAGGGCUGUGCUUCCACGCUUCCAGGAGAUCUGAAUGGAGAGGCAAAGGCACCCAAGAAGGAGGAACCUGAAGAAUCAACCAAAAUUCCUGGGCUGAGCAGCCUGGGCAGGAGGUACGGCUACAACCCCUGUCCCCCCAGGCUGGAGGGGAUCCGCAGGCCCCUCAGUGGCACGGUGCUGCUGCAGAGCCGCCGGCGAUCGCUGCCCCCGCCGCCCCCCUCCGAGAACGUGCUGAUGGUGUCGAGCAGCACCGACAGCGACGAGGAGCACAGGGCAGGGCAGGCCCCGGGCGCAGCCAACGACAGCGACGACAUCCAGACCAUUUCCUCGGGAUCUGAGGAGGAGGAAGGGGAGGACAAGAAAAAUCCAUCAUCUGGGUCAGGUCCUGUCAAGAGACAGGUGGCCGUGAAAUCCACGCGAGGCUUCGCCCUGAAAUCCACGCACGGCAUCGCCAUCAAAUCCACGCCGCUGGCGGCGGCCGACAAGGGCGAGAGCGCGGGGCCGGUGCGGCGCAGCACGCGGCAGUUCUACGAUGGGGAGGAGAACUGCUACAUCAUCGACGCCAAGCUGGAGGGCAACCUGGGCCGCUACCUCAACCACAGCUGCACCCCAAACCUCUUUGUGCAGAAUGUCUUCGUGGACACCCACGACCUUCGCUUCCCCUGGGUCGCCUUCUUUGCCAGCAAGAGGAUCCGAGCUGGCACGGAGCUGACCUGGGAUUACAACUACGAGGUCGGCAGCGUGGAGGGCAAGGAGCUGCUGUGCUGCUGCGGGGCCAUCGACUGCCGGGGCCGCCUGCUCUGAGCCGGCCCCGCUCCCUCCCAGCAGCUCCCCCUCCUCCAGGGGCCUGCUGCUCCCUUUUUCCCCUCAGUGAGGGUGAAAUUUCUUCUCCAGAGGUUCUCAGC